ACAGAAUAAUACAGAUUUUUUAACGAGUGCAUACAGAAUUUUCAAAAUAAAAUAUGGCAGCUCUGCCUCGCAGUCCCAGACAAUAACAAACUUCAUAUUUUGACGGCGCAUACGUAUUGUUAUAAAUGUAAAUACAUAGAUUGUUAAUUGGUGAAUCCAAAGUGAAUGAAUCACCUUUCUUCUGGUUUAAGUGUGGUUUAAAUUGUUUUGUUAGAAAAAUAUAAAAAUAUUCUUAUUAUAAUCCAAAUGGGCCUUUUCGGUAAAUCGCAAGAGCGAAACCCAAAAGACAUGGUUCAGGAAUGGUCGUCUAAGCUAAGGAAAGAAUCAUACGCUUUGGAUAGACAAAUUCGAUCCAUUCAACGGGAGGAGGAAAAAGUGAAACGUUCACUAAAAGAGGCUGCCAAGAAAAACGAUAAAGAAAUUUGCACAACUUUAGCGAAAGAGCUGAUCAGGUCACGAAAGGCCAUAAACAAGAUCUACAUUAGUAAAGCUCACAUCAACUCUGUCCAACUGCAGAUGAAAAAUCAGCUAGCAACAAUAAGGGUAGCCGGAUCGUUAUCUAAGUCGACUGAAGUAAUGCAAGCAAUGCAAGCGCUUGUUAAAUUACCGGAAGUGGCUGCGGCCAUGCGGGACAUGUCCAAAGAAAUGAUGAAAGCAGGCAUCAUCGAGGAAAUGAUUGAUGAAACAAUGGAAUCACUAGAAGAUGUUGAAGAAAUGGAGGAAGAGGCACAAAAGGAAAUCGAUAAGGUACUGUGGGAAAUUACCGCGGGGAAACUUGGAGAGGCUCCGUCAGCACCAAUUGCUGCUCCAGCAAAAGAAAGCGAGGGUGAAGCAUCUGGUGUAACGGCGGAGGAGGAAAAUGAGGAAGAUAUGAAGGACAUGCAAAGCCGAUUACAGGCACUACGAUCUUAAUUUAUGCUUAAACAGUACUUUGUGACUUAGAUUUUAGCUAAUGUAUUGAAAUGAUAUGCACCGUAAGCCUGGCGGCUAAAGCCCAUCUUUCACUGUUUUAAAAAAUCCAAUUUGUAAAUAUAACCGUUCCGUUACUCUAAAAAACACUCAUAGUUAUGCUUAUGCCAGACUGCAGAACGCCAGAAAACAAAAACGAUUAUUUUGUGGUAUAUAGGCCGAAUUAGAGGUUGUGUGGGCGAAGGGGAGGGGGGGAUGUAUAAACAUAGACUUUGUAAGUAAUAUGUUGGGACCUCUUUCCAAUUGUCAAGAUUUCAUUUAAGGAACAUGUCAUGCAAAAAUAAUAGUUAAAGAAAGGUUAUAGAAGGAUUGUGCUAGUUUGGCCAAAUUCCAUUUUUUACGUAGAAAAAGUGAAAAAUAUGUCUAAUUUCAAAUGCUAAUAAAUCGAUUAGUUUUCGAUGGA